UAUUUAGGUCAGGUUUCUUUCCUCUUACUGUGUUUUUUUAGGCCUUAUAUUAAAUUACUUCUUUAAUUUUAGCUUUAUUUUCUAGGUUAUAAGUAUUUGAAUGCAGUUUUUAUAUAUUCCUCUAUAUUAUAGCACUGCCAAUUUUCCUUUUAUAAACUAUGUUCUCAAUAAAUAUACAGUGAUGAAAGAAUAAAUUAAUUGGCAAAAUAAUAAAUACAGGUAGUAAUUAUACACAGUGACCAAAGGAAUGAUUGGAAAGAGUCCAUAGAGUGCAGCGUGCGUCAGAGCAUUGCUGUUUCUUGCAAUAUUGACUGUACCCGAAUUGUUCCAGGUUCUCAUCUUCCCACUUAGACUGGAGACACCUCCAUCACCACAAUGUCUGUCUUCAAUAGCUCUGCCCUGUACCCUCGCUUUCUCCUGACAGGCCUCUCAGGCCUUGAAAGCAGAUACAGCUUGAUUUCCAUCCCCAUCUUCUUGGUGUAUGCCACCUCAAUUGCAGGAAACAUCACCAUCCUACUUAUCAUCAGAACUGAGCCUUCCCUCCACCAACCAAUGUACUACUUUCUAUCAAUGCUGGCACUUACUGACCUGGGCCUAUCUACUACAACCUUGCCUACGAUGUUCAGCAUUUUCUGGUUCCAUGUCCGGGAGAUCUCUUUUAAUGCCUGUCUCGUCCAGAUGUACUUCAUUCAUGUUUUCUCAAUUAUUGAGUCAGCUGUGCUGUUGGCCAUGGCCUUUGACCGCUUUGUAGCAAUCCGAGAGCCCCUGCGCUAUGUGGCCAUUCUAACCAAUGGUGUGAUCACUGGGAUUGGAUUGGCAAUUGCUGGAAGGGCCUUGGCUCUGGUCUUUCCGGCUUCCUUUCUCCUAAAGAGGCUUCAAUAUCGUUCUGUCAAUAUUCUCUCUUACCCAUUCUGCCUGCACCAGGACCUUAUAAAGACAACUGUAUCCAGCCGUCAGGUCAGCAGCAUCUAUGGCCUCAUGGUGGUCAUCUGCUCCAUGGGACUUGAUUCAGUGCUCCUUCUCCUCUCCUAUAUCCUCAUUCUUGGCACAGUAUUGAAUAUAGCCUCCAAGACGGAGAGGGUGAAAGCCCUCAACACCUGCAUCUCCCACAUCUGUGCUGUGCUCACUUUCUAUACACCAAUGAUUGGGCUAUCUAUGAUCCAUCGCUAUGGGCAGAAUGUGUCCCCAAUUGUCCAUGUGCUCAUGGCCAAUGUCUACUUGCUGGUCCCACCCCUCAUGAACCCCAUUGUCUACAGUGUCAAGACCAAGCAGAUUCGGGAUAGAAUCCUCAAGAAAUUCAAGCAACAGAAAUUUUAGGUGAAAGAGACUCUAAAAUAUA